AUGGCGGCGCACGCAUCCUCUCGCCUUUACGGCCUCUUCGACGAGCUUCGGAAGGCAGACCGCGUUGAACACAUUCUUCUAUGUCCGUUCGUCUCGCCUGGCCUUCCCAGUCUCGUCGUCGUGCGCCCGUCUUCGUUGGAUGUCUACGACGUGAACGUUCCGUCUGAAAACGCCUCUGCCAGGGAAAACGCGAGGGGGUACACCGACGGUGCCCCCGCGGCGUCUUCCUCCCCCCAGUCGCCUUUUCUUUCGGGCGGCGGAAGCACCGAUGAGAGUAAAUCUUGCAGCGAGAAGGAAGGCGGUCCGCCUGUGCUGACGCUCCGGUGCUCCACGCCCUUCGCAGCUGUGCCGCUGUCGGUUUCAGUUCUCCCGGGGGCGUCGGCUUCUCCGAACCAUCGCGGCAGUUCGGUAUCAUCCACUGGCUUGUCCGCGCCGUUCUCGCACACGCCGCUCUCGGACACGCCGUUCUCGCACACGCCGUUUUCCUCCUCCUUCCCGGUCUUCGGAUUCCCUCCGUCUCCAUUCGCCUACCCCCUGCCCGGCCUGUCCGCUGACCCCCUGGCUCCACGCGCAGCCGCCCGCGCUUCUGUUGCGCCAAAUGCGAGAGCUGGUGCCGAGCGUGAAGGCGGGCCUUCGGGCGUCGCGACCAGCGACAAUGAAGUCCCGUCGGCGCCACCCUUCGCUGUCGCUUGCUCGUAUUCCUCCCUGCCUGCGGCGCCCACCUUUGCUGCACACAUGCCUGCGGGCUGUGGCGCGGCUUACGCUCACGGGCGCCCCACUAGCGCGAACGGUCCCGAGGGCCUCGGCCUGCAGCCGCUCGCUGAGCGCCCGCACCCGCAUGCCUCCUCUGCGCCGACGCUCGACUCCUGCUGCACGCUGCUCCUUGUUUUUCCAAACUACCAAGUAGCGACGUGCGUCUACGACCCGUUCUUCAACUGCAUCAGAACCGCAACUUUCCACUCGUUCCAGCGCGCACUCGCGCCGUUCGCGGCAGCGGUGUCCCAGCUCUACGUGGAUUUGUAUCUUCCCGCAGACCAGAGGCGAGGCGGAGGCGGAGGUCGAGGCGAGACGGAGAGUCACCGUCACGCCGUCGGGCCCGUGAGCGACCGAAGAGGGAGAGAAGAAGAAGACGGAUUCCCAGACGGCGCUCGACAGCUCCAGGGCGCGGUGGGGCUCGCGCCUGCGCGGGGGACGGAAGAGAGGCCAGGUGGCGGCGCGGAAGAAGGGAGCAGUCUCCUGCAAGUCUCUCAGAUGCCGCUCGACUGGGCGAAGGUAUGGACGCACGUCUGUGUCUUCUCGGCGGCGGACAUGAGGAGCCCCGAAGACAGCAGCACCAAACAGGAGAAGGGGUCGGCGACCGGCGGCAGCGGAGGUGACAGCACGCUUGUUGUCGUCUCAAUUGACCCCAUUCACCUCGUCGUUCUCGAGCUCUCGCUUCCGGCGCGAAAUCCGUAUCUUUCCUCGCUGUCGGCUUCCCUCUGUCCGCACGGGGAGCCCGCCCGCGGCGCGUCAGAGAAGCCGCCACCGCAGGCGCCCGCCGCGGGGGGAAGCAGAGCCCGCCUGGGCGACACAGCGCUGGAGACAGAGGCCGACAAGCCCGAAGAAGGAAGCGAGAAGAACGCGGCGCCUUCGAGCAACGGCUUCGACUCGGUUUCUCGCAGCGGGGCUGCGGAAGCAGGAUCUGCAGCCGGCGCGCACCCCGCCUCCUCCGCGAGCCGCGGCGCGCCUCCGAGCGUCAAGCACGCUCUUCCGUCGAGGUCCGCCGCUCAAGCUUCGUCUCUCCAGUCGCCAUUUUUCCCGCCGGCGCCUCUGGUCCCCACGGCUCCACACGGCCCCGCCGCGUCCCCCUGGGCGCAGGGCCUGGUGCCCGCCGGCGUCUCGCCGUCUGUCUACCAUCCGUCGGACCCGUCUUUCUCUUCUUUCUCUCCGUCGCCCUUCGUGCCGGUGCCCUGCCUAGCUGUGACUGACGGGCUGCCUUCCUGCGCGACGGAGUCGGCACCCCCGUACGCUGGGCCGUUCGGGCCGCACGGCUUGGGCGCGUUCCCGCCAGCUGUCUCCGACGGCGACGAGGGGACUGGAGGCGUGAGCGCCUGGCAGGCGCCCUACUGGCUCUGGGGCGAGCACCGCAUCCUGAUGCAGGGCGCGUGCAUCCAAGACUGUUGGCACAUCUCGCUCCUCGAAGACCUCCCGGUGACAGUCUGUGCGACCUCUGCGUUUGCCAAGUCAUCCGCGGGCUCGUCUAGCGCCGCAGCGGCGCAGGGUGGGGGACGCCAGCUGCUUGGCGCGCAGGGUGCGAAGGCGCCGAUGGGCUCCGAGGGCGCUGCGGCUUCAGCCCAGGCGUCUGUCGGCGAGAGAUCCGCCGGCCGCAUUGUGGAGAUGAAGAAGGUCGCGGGGCGGAUGCUCCCGACGCUGGCGUUGCUGUUGGAGGCCGGGGCGCUCGAACUCGGGAGUGUGUUUGGAGAACUCAAUCGCGGAAACCGAAGAGGCGAAAAGGAGCUCAUCGUCGUUGUCCUGGCUCUUAUGCCCGAGCUCAGAGAGUUUCAAGUCAUGAGGAAGAUUCGCGGGAUUCUUCCUGACUCAUUCUCUAUCAUCCCGCUGCCCGCCUCCCUGGGCGGCGACCUACUCUGCGUCUCUCCCGACACGCUGAGUGUGCUGCGAAUCCGCGAAGGCACAGGAGACGCGUCGUCGUCCCUUUCAGGCGCGGUCGCGGCGUCGUCCCUCGCGGGGGGCGCGGACCCGGCGCUCGUCCCUCGCAAGGGUCUCCUCUUCCCCGAAGAUCUGGAGGCGAGAGAGGGCGAAGGCGACGAGUCGAAACGCGCAGUGGGUGCUAGGGAUCGCGACUGGGAGGAGGAUGAAGAAGGCAGGAAAGUGCGAGAGGAAGAUUUGUACGAAAAAGCGGUGUGGAGAGGCGCGGGACGCGACGGAGGCCUCACGCAAGUCGUCAACAGCGCCGGGUUGCAGCGCUCCGAGCUCAAAAAUCUCCCCACCGUCAUCUUUGAUCAAAGUGAAGUCCAGGCGGACCUCGCUGGAGCCGUCGCCGAAUUCGUCGGCGAGAAAUGCUGCCUCUUCGUUCUCAAAAACAGCGGACGACUUCUCCUCGCGCACUUCGUCUCCUCAUCUCCGAGCUCGGGCGUGACGGACAUUUUUUGGAGUUCUCCUCUCGUUUCGCUUCCGCCGCCGCAGCGUCUCCCGCCUCCGCCGCCGUUUUCCCCUUCGACUAUGGACGUGUUUCCCUCGCAGACGAUUGCAACUUGUCCCCUGUCUUCGUCUUGCGCGUCGCUUCUGGCCUCCGCCUCGCUGGGCCUCGAGACCGCGGCGGCGACCUCGUUCGCGGUUGCGCUGGGCGGCUGCGCGCAGGCGGCGUCGGGCCUUGCGCUGCUUCUGUUCCAUCCGACGACGCUGGAGGCGAACCGGCAGCUGUCGCGCGUCCCUCCGUUCGCUCGCUAUCUGCGCCGCUUCGAUGACAGCGCCGGGAGAGUCCUCUGGCGCCACAGCGAGGAAGGUGACGAGUGCGAGGCGGUCAUGAAGGGCUUCUCUCUAGGCGGCGGGUGGACGCUUCUGGGCGAGAAGAGCGGCAAGAAGAAACCCAAGACGCAGCAGGGGGGCGGGCGGCAGGUGGACGAAGGCGCAGACAGCGAUGAAGAGGCGGGGCGCCCGCUCUUCACGCUCGACGGCAAGGAGCUUCUCAGCAUCGAGCCGAAUGGAGACAUCCAGAGAGCCCGUCAGUACGCGCCUGUCCUUCGCCCCGAGGAGGAAACCGAUGGCUGGCGACAAAAAGAUGAGGCUGACGUCCAUGUCGGCAGCGAGGGGCAUUCGUGCGCCUCGGGGGCGCCUGGAGGGAUGACCAAUGGCGUCGGCUUGGUCGGCGCCUUCCGACAGGUGAGCACGUCUUCGCACCCUGUGCGAUUUCUGCAGCAGCUGCGCAUGCUGAGCGAAACCGCCGCCAGGAAGUCUUUGAAUGGCGAGCCGACGCCUUCCACUUCGUGGACGUGCUCCCCCUCGUUCGACGAAGAAGUUGAGCAUGCGCUGGCUGUGACGCUGGCGGGUGAGAAGGGCGGCGAAGGCCAGCAGGCGCCUUCGGGCCUCGCGCUUCUGCCGUCCUUCAGCGUCGCGGUCGUCGACUUCUUCUGCAUGCCGCGGAAUGGGGCCGUGCGGGACUUCGCCGAGUUCCCCCACCACAUACCUUUCGACGCCCUCUUGGCCGCACCUGCUCCCUCCUCUUCUUCGUUUGCGGCUCCCACUCCUGCUUCCGCUUCGCCGGCUGCGCACGCGGGCGCGCCCCCGCCACCCCCUCCGCCGCCACCCCCUCCUCCGCCGCCGCCCCCCUCCGCGUCCUUCUCUUCUUCGAUCUCGUCCUCCUUCGCCGCCUCCACUGCGUCGAGUUCGCCUCCUUGUUUCCACUCCAGCGCCGGCCUUCUCAACACAUGGGGCAGCACGCCGUGGCUCGCGGCGCUCGGACUGCGGCAGUUUGGUCGACUCGUUUUUUCGCAGCGCGCAGUGCCCAGCGUGCCGAAGCUCGCAGUGGCUCUGCGCGCAGACGCGCAGCUCGCCCAGCUCGCCGCCCUCUGGUCUCUGGAGGCCUUCCCGCUUCGGUCACGCCCCGCGCGCGGGCGCGGCGACUUCGCGGGCGGCGAGGGCGGCGGCGAGGGCGGCGGCGACGCGCGCGAGGACCUCGGCCACUUCAAGACCGGGGGAAGACGCAGCCCUGCGGCGAUUCCGCGGCACCGCUUCCUGCUCGCCUCCUCCGACCCUCAGGACGCUUCCCACGCAGGGCACACAGUCGUGUGCCAAGUCGCGCCCAAGUUCCUCAGAGACGAGGAACGAGCUCCAGACGAAGGCGCGCUGGAGGUGUUUCAGGAGGGCACGAAGUCCCCCGCGCCGGGGGCAGGCCUCGGAGACAAGGCGCGGGGCGAGCAAGCGUCGCGCCCGCCGACGGCGUUCUGCCUCUCGAAGGCGACUGUCGGAUGCGGCUCCAUGUGCAGCGGCCUGCUGGCGCUGCAGAUAACUUCAGACGAGCUCCGCGUGGUCGCGGGCCUUUUGCCGUCGCUCCUCGUCGGCGCGCCGCUGGCGUUCUCCUGGGAGAACGAACGAGGGCCGAGUGACUCGCGCGGUCUCAAGACGGAAGAAGAGGUCGCGGCGUCUGGCGCCCAGCGGGCAGGUCAGGAGACAUCUGUCCCCUCCGCCGGCGGCGCACCCUCCGCUGCAGCUGCGCCCGCUGAAGGCACGAGCGCGCCCGCCGUCCCGUCGCCAGGCGCCUCCUCCUAUUCGGUUGCUCAGGCGCGCGUGUGCGAGCCCUUCGUCGUGGCUCUCGACACGAACUUCCGAGUGCAUGCGUGGCAGCUAAACACGUCUCUGGCUGCGUCGGUCUGCGAGGACCUGCUGCAAGUGUACAGCGACCACCAGCAGCAGUUGGCGCUGUUGGAGGGCCUGGACGAGUGCGAGCGAAAGAACUUGCCGUUCUCUUCUUCCUUAUCGCCUUCUCUUUCCUCGCCGCCGGAUAUCCGGCAGCUCCUGCCUCCUGUGUCUCCCCAUGCGCUCCCGGCCUCGCUCCGGCGCGGACAAACCAAGUCACUGCAGCUGUUCAGGUACGCGCGGCCUCGGCUCGGCGCGUCCGCGGCGCCCCUCUCGGCGUGUCCGCGACCGGCGGGCGCGGGCGCGGGGGACGAGGCGGGCGCGGGCGGGCCUGUUGGGCGCGAAGACGUGUGCACGCCGCGAAGAGACUCGGCAGCGGCGGCGGGCGACCUCGCGGGCGGCACGAGGCCCGCGGAGAAGGCGGAGCUGAAGCGAGCAAAGCAGGAGCGCGACUCUAUGCGUUUCUGUUCGGUGACAGGGCAGGCGCGGAAGGCGGAAGGCGUAGACAAGCAAGGAACGACAGUUCUCUUGUGCGCGGUCACGCUGGAGAAAAGUGGCAUCCAGGCCUUCCAGGUCGUCGAUCUCUUCUCGAUGACGCUGCUCUUCUACUCUGCAGAUCUGCUCAUGGUGCCCCCGAUUCUGCGAAACUGCGCGCCGGUUCACGGACCCCACAGAGCAGCCCCGUCCGCCGCGGGCUGCCACAAGGCCCUCGCCGACGCAGGCCGCUCAGUCUCCUGUCCCUCAGCGGACCCGCGCCCCGACAGGGCGCAGGCCUCCGUCCGCCUUCUGCAGCAAGGGCGCGCGGAGUUCCUCCGAUAUGUCGCAGGCGAGAAGCGGCCGAAGGCCGCUCGGCAGGCGGCGAGACAAAGACAAGGGCGGGAUGAGGCCGCGCGAGAGGAGGCAGGCGAGAGGAAGCCAGGGUGGGAAGAAGGCGGAGGAGAGGCGGAGGCGUCGAUGUGGAGCCCUGAGGAGGAACGCGCGGCGCUCGAUCUCGACGUCGGUAUGGAGGGCGAAGGGGCGCUGGAAAACGCAGCCGACGAAUGGGCAUACGCCGCAGCAGAAGGACAGGCCAGGUGCGCCGGAGACCUCGUAGAGGACGCAGGGCAAGCUGCCGCGGAGACUCGAGAGGCGGAAGAGAGAGAGAAACGCAAGCGCAAGGAAGAAAUGAGGAAUCUCUUGGAGUCGCCAGUGCUUUUCUCGGACUGCCUCGAGGAGGUGCUGUCUGCGGAGCUCGUCGACUUGAACCCCAACGGCGAAGGCAGGGAGCCAACGGGAGAAGACCGCGGCCCUACGCUUGUCGUGUUCAUCACAGGCAGGCCAGUUCUCGUUUACCGCGCGUUCACGCUCAAGCCCUGCGUCGACCCGCACGAAGCGAAGAUGCGAGACUGUGGGCAGCGCGCUCUGGAAAGGUUCCCUGAAGCUCACCCUCUCUUCCCCUUCCGUUUUUCGCUCUUUCCGCACGACGUCUUAGACCCCCUUCCGAGCCGCAUUCCGUCGCCCCUCUUCUCGCUGUUCUCCGCCUCGUCGCCGCUGGCGAAAAACACUCAUCAGUCGGCGCUGCUCCAGGCGGCGCCGCGCUUCUCAGCCGGAGCGGUCGUCCCCUACGACGGGGUUGGCGGCUCGGGCAAAGGCGCCUUCGUCGUGCCGCCCGUGGCGCUUCCGCGGGAGAAAGGCGAGGACGCCGCAGCGAGCCCAGGGCCUCCAGUCGUCUGGAUGUGCAGCGAGAGAAACGAGCUCUUCGUGCAUCCUCACGCGCGGCGCGACGUCAUCGCCAUGGUCCCGUUCAACAGCGACGCGUCUCCAGAGAGCUUCUUCGCGCUGACAGACGAGUCUUGCCUGGAGCUUUCGGAUCUUCUGUUCUCGCCGACGCUGGAUCUCCUCUCUGCCUGCAGCUCCCUGGCACCCUCCGCCGCGCUGCCGCCGCCUCAAGUCGAACUUCGCUCGCCAUGGCCAUCGCUCUCCGUCCCUCUGCACUUCAGCCCCUCGCGCGUGUGCGUCUCUGCGGGGAGCUCGUACCUGCAUCCGAGCUGCUCGCGCGAGGCUCCGCGCGCGUCGGCGAGUCGCCUCGAGGUCCGCGUGCGGACGCCGCAGACGCCCCAGGGCCCGGCGGCGGUGCUGCCGUUCCCUUCGCAAGUCGCCAACGCGCUGGGCGCGUCGCUCGCGGCUUCCGCAGCGGCGGCGCCGGCGGUCCGCGGCCGGCUCUUCGCGGUCGCGGGCUGGCACGACGUGGAGGAGUCCCCGAUGGUGGAGGAGUGCCUCGCAGAGCGCAACGGGCUGCAGCUCGAGCAGCUGGAGCUCGAAGGCCGGGGCGGGACACGCGCCGAGGAGGCGGAGCGCGCUGUCCCUGCGCCCGGCGAAGAGGGCAAGAAAGACGAAAUCUACCCCAAUCCCUACCUCGUCGCCUGCACAGACAAGCGCGUCGAAGCCGCUGGAAAACUCGGCAAACUCUACGAAAUCCGCCUGUACCACGAAUUCGACCUCCACAGGCCUAUCGGCACCUACACGCUGCGGACGUGCGAGGAAGUCCUGAGUUUUUCCUUCGUGGUGCUCGACGGCGCCGAGCACCUCGCGGCAGGCGUGGGCGUUCCACUCUCCGAGACAGUCGAGUGCAGCGGACGCCUUUACCUCUUCAAGCUCCCCGAGGCGACGACCCGCGUGCUGGACCACCCCGCAGGCAGCGACAACACAGAACAGGGGCAAGCGUAUUUCACUCCCGAGCGCCUCGACUUGUUUGCGGACAUCGUCUUGAACGGGCCUGUGACGGUCAUCGGCAGCUUCUUCUCGUCGCCCGCGGAGCGGAGUUAUGUUGUGCACUCUGUGGGGGCGAGGCUGUUUGUCCACGAGAUGGAGGGCAGCAAGUUCCUGCGCGGCGCCUUCAGCGACUCGGCUGUGUGCGUGACUUCGGUCGCGAAUGUCCGCAAUUUCUUCCUUCUCGCCGACGCGCUCAAGGGCCUCAGCCUCGUCUCAUGGGAGUACAACGGUGAAGCCGACUCGAGGAAGAUGACGCGCAUUUCGCGGACCUUCCCGAAGUCGAACCUUCCGGUCAUCGCGUGCAGCUUCCUCGUGCAUGAAAACCUUCUCGGCGCGCUGGCGACGGACGUCAACGGGAACGUGCGGCUCUUCUGCUACAACGCGGACAAAAACGCCCAAGGAUUCGAAAAAUUCGACAUCCUUCAAUGCGACUCCGAGGACCGAUGCGCCGACGGGUGCAUCGUCAAGCUCCAACAGUUCGUUGUCGAGUCCGACUCAGUCGCCGCUCUCGGGGAAGCGUCUGACGGAUCCGCUCUCCUCUUCAGGCUUCUCGCCGAUGACUCCUACUCCUUCCUUCGAACGCUGCAGGAUCGCAUGGCGCGGUAUCUCCCGGCGCCGCUCGGACUGCACCCGCUCUUGGGGCGUCUGCCGGUCGGCGACGUCUCUCUGUGGACGAAGCUGCAUUUCCGCUCAUCGGACUGCGAAGAUGAAGAAGACGUUCUGCGCUCGCGCAAGCGCAUGAUCGACGGGUCGAUGCUCAAGGCGUUCCCCUUCCUCUCCACGCCGGUCCUCGCUGGGCUCCUGUCUCCCUUUCUCCAGCGCGAAAAGAGACAGGCUGAAAAGCGGAGAAAGAGACAGGGCGGCAAGGCGGGCGAAGAGCCGGGCGAUGAAGGACAGCACGACGCCGCAAUGGACGAGGGCGGCGCUGCAGAAGACCGCGAAGAGACGGGCGAGGAAGGAGAGGCGACCGUCUUUCCUGAGUUUGAAUCGAUGGCUGCACUCCGGCAGUUCCUCGUUUCCUCUGGAGCGCUAGGCGGAGCAUACACGCGGUUGCUGGCGUGA